AUGCGGUUCCUCGCGCUCGUCCCCGUGCUCUGCACCAUAGCGUCGCUGGUGCUGGGCUUCCUGUGCAUCUUCGCCGGCACCAAGCAAGACGGCAGCUUCAUGGAGUCGUACAACAUCCUGACGCUGAACACGUCGCGGCUGGGACAGGACUACAUCUCCGACAGCGCGUCGUCGUGGCUCAGCUCGCUCUACCACAAUGCGACGUCCAGCAUCGCCAGCUCUCUAAACUCGGACCUGAACUCGCUCAUCAGCGACGUCAGCGCCGACCUCGGCAUCCAGAACUUCUACUCCGCCCACCUCAUGACCUACUGCUCGGGGUCGUACACGCCCACGUCCGUCGCCAACGCCUCGGUGCCAGACUCCGCCAUCCACAAAAACGUCUCCCACUGCUCCGCCCAGAAAGCCAUGUUCUACUUCGACCCGACGGCCGCGCUCGAGCGCUCCCUCAACAAUUCCGAAAUAGCACAGCGCCUGAACAUCAAGCUCGCGGACCUCGACUGGCCCGACGACAUCGAGGACGGCCUGCGCGCCCUGCGCAUCGCGUGGAAGGCCGCCUUCGUGCUGUACUGCGUGGGCGUGGCUUUGGCCGCGGUGUCCUUCCUUGCGUCUGUGGUCGCGUUCUUCAUGGCUGGCCGCCUCAGCGCUGUCGUCAAUAUCUUGCUUGCGAUAUUGGCGUUUUUGGCGCUCGCGCUUGCGAGCGCCGUCACGACUGCUGUGGCGGUUAAGGGGUCCAGCGUCGUUAAUGAUAAGGGCAAGGAGAUUGGGCUGAGGGCUGAGCGUGGGGGCAAGUUCAUGGCGAUUACGUGGGCGGCAACCGCGGCCAUGUUUGUUGCGCUGCUCGUUUGGUGCGUCGACUGUUGUCUUGGGAGGAGG